UCCCUCUGCGGAAGGCGCCGCUCUUGGCGUCGGCGGCGCCGCUGUCGUUUAGGGGCGGCACUUCCUCCCGGAUUUGCCGCGGGUUAGUGGCACAUUCUGCAGUUGUUUGGGCUGCUGUUGUGGCUCGUUCUGCGGUGUGCGGCCAGCCAUGGAGCGCUCAGGGCCCAGCGAAGUGACAGGCUCGGACACGUCGGGACCGGACCCGCAGCUUGCGGUCACGAUGGGCUUCACGGGAUUCGGUAAAAAAGCUCGCACAUUUGACUUGGAAGCAAUGUUUGAACAAACUCGAAGAACAGCUGUGGAAAGAAGUCGGAAAACAUUGGAAGCAAGAGAAAAAGAAGAAGAAAUGAACAGAGAGAAAGAAUUAAGAAGACAAAAUGAAGAUAUUGAACCAACAUCCUCAGGAUUAAAUGUGAUCAGAGAUUGUUCCAAAUCAUCUUCCAGGGAUAUGAGCAGCAGUGAAAGUGAAGAGAGUUCUGACUCUUCUGAUGAUGAGUUGAUUGGCCCUCCUUUACCCCCUGCAAUGGUAGGAAAACCGUUUAAUUUUAUGGAGGAUAUCCUUGGUCCUUUACCUCCACCUCUUAAUGAAGAAGAAGAAGAAGCAGAGGAAGAAGAGGAGGAAGAGGAGGAAGAGGAAAAUCCCGUCCACAAGAUUCCUGACUCACAUGAGAUAACGCUGAAGCAUGGCACUAAAACAGUGUCUGCUUUGGGUCUGGAUCCCUCAGGUGCCCGUUUGGUGACAGGAGGAUAUGACUAUGAUGUUAAGUUUUGGGAUUUUGCUGGAAUGGAUGCUUCUUUUAAGGCAUUUCGAUCCCUUCAGCCCUGUGAGUGCCAUCAGAUCAAGUCAUUACAGUAUAGUAACACAGGAGACAUGAUUCUUGUUGUAUCUGGAAGUUCUCAGGCCAAGGUGAUUGACAGAGAUGGUUUUGAAGUAAUGGAAUGUAUAAAGGGAGACCAGUAUAUUGUGGACAUGGCCAACACCAAGGGUCACACAGCAAUGCUUCAUACUGGUUCAUGGCAUCCCAAAAUAAAGGGAGAAUUUAUGACUUGCUCAAAUGAUGCGACUGUAAGGACUUGGGAAGUUGAAAAUCCAAAGAAGCAAAAAAGUGUGUUUAAACCACGGACGAUGCAGGGCAAAAAGGUCAUUCCCACUACCUGCACGUAUAGUAGAGAUGGAAACCUCAUAGCAGCUGCCUGCCAGAAUGGAAGCAUACAGAUCUGGGACCGAAAUUUGACUGUUCAUCCGAAGUUCCACUAUAAACAGGCUCAUGACCCAGGCACAGACACUUCCUGUGUGACUUUUUCCUAUGAUGGUAAUGUUCUUGCCUCUCGUGGAGGUGAUGAUUCAUUAAAAUUAUGGGACAUACGACAAUUUAAUAAGCCACUUUUUUCAGCCUCGGGUCUUCCCACCAUGUUCCCAAUGACUGACUGCUGUUUCAGUCCGGAUGAUAAGCUCAUAGUCACUGGUACAUCUGUGCAAAGAGGAUGUGGCAGCGGCAAACUUGUUUUCUUUGAGCGUAGGACUUUCCAAAGGGUGUAUGAAAUAGACAUCACAGAUGCGAGUGUUGUUCGCUGCCUGUGGCAUCCAAAGCUGAACCAGAUCAUGGUUGGAACUGGAAAUGGAUUGGCUAAAGUCUAUUACGACCCCAACAAGAGUCAGAGGGGAGCAAAAUUAUGUGUGGUUAAAACCCAGCGGAAGGCAAAACAAGCCGAGACUCUAACUCAGGACUACAUCAUCACGCCUCAUGCCUUGCCUAUGUUCCGCGAGCCCCGCCAACGGAGUACAAGGAAACAGCUGGAGAAGGACAGACUGGAUCCCCUGAAGUCGCAUAAACCCGAACCUCCUGUAGCAGGCCCAGGUCGUGGUGGCCGAGUUGGAACCCAUGGGGGCACUCUCUCGUCCUAUAUUGUGAAGAACAUUGCUUUGGACAAGACUGAUGACAGCAAUCCUCGGGAAGCCAUUUUGCGUCAUGCCAAAGCAGCAGAAGACAACCCAUAUUGGGUUUCUCCAGCAUAUUCCAAGACUCAGCCCAAAACCAUGUUUGCCCAAGUUGAAUCUGAUGAUGAGGAAGCGAAGAAUGAGCCAGAAUGGAAAAAACGUAAAAUUUGAAGAAUCUCAUUUGAGAGCUGUUUGCAUGACUGGGAGGGAUAUGGGACAGGUUUGGAGUUUGUUUUGUUUUUUAUGCUCAUGAAAUUAAAAAUUCAUUUUUAUGAACA